AUGUUCGGUCUACGCAGAUCCGCGGCCACCUUAUUCGACCAUAGCCAGUCCCUUCUUCGGAAUCUAUCGUUUCAUGGAUUGCGUGUACAAGGAAUCCGUGUGGGAAAUGCAGAGGUUCCAAACCAGAAGCCGCUCAAGACUGGUCUUCAAGAAGUGUACGGAAUAGGACGCCGUAAGUCUCACCAGGUUCUGUGUGGGCUUGGGAUCACUAACAAACUUGCUAGAGACUUAACUGGGAAAGAACUCAUUGACCUCCGUGAAGAAGUUGGCAUGCACCAGCAUGGUGAUGAGCUGAGGAGGCGUGUUGGAUCGGAGAUACAGAGACUGGUGGAAGUGGAUUGCUACAGAGGAAGUAGACAUAGACAUGGAAUGCCUUGCAGAGGACAAAGAACCAAGACGAAUGCUCGCACUAAAAAGGGAAAGAGAGUUGCAAUUGCAGGAAAGAAGAAAGCUCCACGCAAGUAG